AAGGCCAAUUUGAGAGAGAAAAAAGAGAGAAGGCGAAGUUUGGCUUCACAACUUGGUCAACGCGUGGCCGCUUUCUUCAAAGUUCAAACCUCCUCUUCUUCCUCUCUCUCUCUCUCUCUCUCUCUCUCUCUCUCUCUCUAUCGUUGGCUCUCUGUUUAUAUAGGUAUCGCCUUGGAUGCCAUUGAAGCCAGAAAGAUUGCUGCUUGGUGAGUUUUCUCCCCUUCUUUCCAUCUCUCAUUCUCUGUGAACGCCAUUGAAGCCCCAAAGCUUGUUCCUUUUAACUAUUCCCUUUUUAUCACUGCCUCUCUCUAUCUAGACGUCAUUGAAGGCUUAGUUCAGAGCUUUCUCUUUGCAACUAUUCCCGUCUGAAUCCCUUCUUUCUGUCUCUUUCUAGACGUCAUUGAAAGCAAAAAGGUUGCUCCUUUAUAAGGAUCCGGUUCUCACUCUCUCUAAAAGCCGUUGAAUCCCAAAGCUUGCUCUUUUAUUCUUCCUUUUUGAGGGUGAAAUCGCCAGGGAGGAAGAAUGGUGAAGUUACCGUACCUGACUGCAUUGACGACGCUUAUAAGUUAUGGCCUCCUCUUCCUAUUUGGGCAGAUAAGGGAUCUCUUCCGCAAGAUCUUAGAUUUGCUUAAAUUCGAGAAAGUCCAGGGCAAAGGGUAUGCCCCAAUCUGCUUAGGGCUUGAGGAUUUCUAUACUCGUCGUCUCUAUCUUCGCAUCCAGGACUGUUUUGGCCGCCCAAUUGCCAGUGCACCGGAUGCUUGGUUUGAUGUUGUUGAACGUUAUUCGAAUGACAAUAACAAAACAUUGCAACGGACCUCGAAUACGACUAAAUGUCUCAAUCUAGGAUCAUACAACUACCUUGGCUUUGCCGCUGCAGAUGAAUACUGCACUCCUCGAGUUAUCGAGUCUUUGAAGAAGUAUUCACCCAGUACUUGCAGCGUCCGUGCCGAUGGGGGAACGACAAAGCUGCAUACUGAAUUAGAGGAGUUAGUUGCUCGAUUUGUUGGAAAGCCGGCAGCCAUUCUUUUUGGCAUGGGUUAUGCAACAAACUCUGCUAUUAUUCCUGCUCUGAUUAGCAAGGGAGGGUUGAUAAUCAGUGAUUCUUUGAAUCAUAACUCCAUUGUCAAUGGUUCUCGAGGAUCAGGUGCAGUGGUUCGGGUUUUCCAACAUAACACUCCGUCUCACUUGGAGGAAGUGCUGAGAGAGCAGAUUGCUGAAGGGCAGCCUCGCACACAUAGGCCCUGGAAGAAGAUCAUUGUCAUUGUUGAGGGAAUCUAUAGCAUGGAAGGGGAGCUUUGUAAACUUCCAGAGAUCAUAGCUGUUUGCAAAAAAUAUAAGGCAUACACAUACUUAGAUGAGGCUCACAGCAUCGGUGCAAUUGGAAAAUCUGGUAGAGGUGUUUGCGAGCUUCUAGGGGUUGACCCUGCUGAUGUAGAUAUCAUGAUGGGAACUUUUACAAAAUCAUUUGGAUCUUGUGGAGGAUACAUUGCGGCAUCAAAGGAGAUCAUCCGACACCUGAAACACACUUGUCCUGCACAUUUAUAUGCGACAUCAAUGUCCCCACCGGCAGUACAACAAGUUAUAUCAGCAAUCAAAGUGAUUCUCGGAGAAGAUGGAUCAAACAGAGGUGCUCAAAAACUUGCGCAGAUUCGUGAAAACAGUAAUUUCUUCCGAUCGGAACUUCAAAAGAUGGGUUUUGAGGUUCUUGGGGACAAUGACUCCCCUGUUAUGCCAAUUAUGCUUUACAAUCCGGCAAAAAUUCCAGCCUUUUCAAGGGAAUGCCUUAAUCAAAAUGUUGCUGUGGUUACCGUUGCAUUUCCUGCAACUCCACUUCUCUUGGCAAGAGCUCGAAUCUGCAUUUCAGCUUCUCACACUAGGGAAGAUUUGAUCAAAGGCUUGGAGGUGAUCAGCAAAGUUGGAGAUCUUGUAGGCAUCAAGUACUUUCCUGUUGAACCAGAAAAGGUCACUGCUGAAGAAAAGCUGAAGAAACUAGAGUAGGAAUUUGAGAAAAAGUGGAGAUUUAAAUGCGACUCUAAUUUGUUUCCCAUUCUGACAAUCAAUUCACAUACUUGCAAUUGAUCUUCUGUCAUGAGUAUGUAUAGCUGUUUCCCUGGACAAUACCAGCUUCUACAAAUCACUUAAAACAUAA